AUGGUGAACAAUCCUCCCAGUCAGGCUCCCACUUUGUUUGAGUCUUCUUCCCAGGUCGUCGAGUCGAAGAUGGAGAUACCUCAGUUCUUGGUGUCGUAUCGAUGGUGGGAAUACGACGCAAAUAUCACGCUGCAGGCUUAUGAUGUGAAACCUAUCCUUCAGGGGGUCCGCUUUGGCUUCUUUCCCGAUAUGGAAUCUGCAAAGCGUAUACUGGAGAGUCGCCCUUCUACAGUACUAGAUUCGUUCCUCGCUGCCAUACCAGAGCCGCAUGAGCCUCCCUGCCUUUCUGAAAUGUCAAAUUCAGAGAAAGCGGGAGAGAUCCUACGUCGAUCGAUGCCCGCGCCUCCUCGGUUGAUUCCGUGGCGCUGGUUCCCCUCCGCGUCAGGAUACCCAUCAGACACUCAGGGAAUUGCCCAGGAAAUCGAAGCGGAAAGUCACUUUCAAUUCGGACAAAUAGCUUUCGAAGACAUUGUUCGCUCCGCGCUUGGUUACAAAGCACCAUCAGUAGAAUGGUUUCUUCAGCAACACACGGCAUUCGGGAAUCGUUUCCUGGAGCAUAUGCGGGCCAACCCAGAGCAAAUGAAUUUCUAUUCAGCAGUGGAGAAGGCUAGUGACCGAAGAACUCCAGGGCAAUAUACCCGCAUAUUUUCAGACCACCCAGCUAAUUGUUACAUACAGCAUCUGCGAGAACAAAGUUCAUUUGCUCAUCAAACGCUUGCCAAAUGUCUCGUGGUCUCUCAACUCGAUGAGGAACACAACAUGCCCCUGCCUGAUACUCCCGGCCUUUCAUUCGUAGCAGGCCCCAUACAACAACUCUUCAAGGAAAACCAAUGCAGUCUGGUAGAUAUGUUCGAAAUUCUGAGUGAUCUUGCCGUGCAGUUCCACCAAAAAUAUACGUGCUCCUCCAGGAUGAGCUGGACCAUCCCCUUUAAUGUUUCCCUUGAGAGGUGA